UGUCAGGUGGCAACAACUCUUGCCCUAAUUUAAGAACCCUGAAAAGUUUGGAAACACCUCAUUUUGUCACACAAUACUCUCUGGUAUGUGCUUCAUUAACAAUUUAUAUUUAUAUAGUUAAACAAAAACAGACAUAUUUUAAAUUGUUUAUGUAUAUAUAUAUUUUUUUUUACCUUUACAUGCAAGCCUCAACUUAACCUAAACUUAACGUAACCCUGACACUAAACUUAAACUUAACCCUAACCCCAACCCUAGCCCUACUUCUAACCCAAGCCAAGCAUCAACUUGAGUAAAUCAAUGAAAGCUUAUGAAUAAGUAAUGAGGAAGCUGAAAAUAAAGAACAAAAAAAUACCCUAUUGAGAUAUAGAAUAUCUUGUUCUUUUACUUUGAAUGUAGAUUCCACAAUAUUAUCCAAUAAUAAAUAACUUGGGUAAAAAAUCAGUCCACUUUAAAUUAAUCUGGUUUAUUAUUGAAAUUUUCUUAUGUCUUUAUCUAUAUAUAUAUAAGCUCCGCUCUGCUGUCUAUUGUGAGAAAUUAAUCUCUUAUUUUUAGUUUUUGGCUCGUUCUAAACAGUUCAUAACAAAGGACGAUACCAUAAUAAUAUGUGAAAUACAAUAGUAAAAAUACGAAACUCAAAACAGUACUAAAUACAAUUUAUAAUAUUUAUUCAGUUAGUUAUAUAAUUAAAAAAUAAAAGAAAUGAUUAAAAAUCAUCAACUUACAGACUAUGGUAGGUCUUGUACCGGUACACAGUUAUUACAAUGUGACAGAAAAUAAGGUACAAUAAUGAAUGUGAAUUAACAUAAGUAAACACAAAAUAACACACUCAAAAUCUCAUUCUCACAAUAUUGUUCUAUUUGCUUUUAUAGUCAGUUCUACCGAAAUUCGAGGCGUAUUCCGUAAUGUACUAGUAACUAGAACAUUCCACAUUUUACUAUAAUUUUCUAAAGCCUCAACCGAAACAGGCGAUAGCUUAAUUUGUGGUAAACAAGAUCAAAAGAAAUAAGCCACGCCCAAUACGAACGCAGUGUCUGCUAGGGAUCUAACCCAGGGAAAUAUGACGUAAGCACAUCCUACAUACAAUAUUAUAUAUAUAUAUAUAUAUAUAUAUAUAUAUAUAUAUAUAUAUAUAUAUAUAUAAGAAAAAUUUCACUUUCUGACUGACUGACUUAUUAAAAAAAUUAAAAAAAUUAUAUAUAUAUAUAUAUAUAUAUAUAUAUAUAUAUAUAUAUAUAUAUAUAUAUAUAUACAUAUAUAUAUAUAUAUAUAUAUAUAUAUAUAUAAGCCAAAUGUCACUUACUGACUGACUGACUUAUUAAGAGAUCUGAAAAACAACAAGCCCUAUCGAUUGAAAUGUGGCAUGGUCAAUACUCUUCAACUCUAAGUGUCACAAAGAUGGCCAGGUUCUGGUCUGUCACAGAGGUCCAGGUUCUGGGUCCGUAACGCAGAGGCCCAGUUUUCUUUGGAAACACAUGCAGUGGUCGGGUAAUGCGAAGAGAUAGCACCGUGACGUCAUUUGCAUGUUUUGUUUAGUUGCUGUUUCUCUUCACAUUUACCCAGUGGUCAUUUUGAAAAGUAGUGGAUGCUGGCUGAAUUAUUUUGUACGUUACUAAACUAAUGGCCAGAGUGAGUAACAGGUUUCAGGAAUAUCAAACUAAUGGCCAGAUGUGGCAAAAUGUCGUCUAGGGUUAGGUCGCUCUCUAAACGGCCACAAAAAAAAAACACUACAGAUUCUAAACUCUGUUUUCUUUCUCGCUUCUAAUAACUUUACGAGCAUGUUUUUUUUCAAAUAAACAUUCUGUCAUCUUUUACUAAAACACACAAACCAAAAUUAAUGACGUUCACAUUCUAUGAAUGAAAAAAAAAAACAACUUGUGUCUAUCAUCAAACAUGUACUUAACUCCAUAAAGUUCAACCACUCACUCUCUAAAGAGUGCCUUCUUGUCUGCCAUAACAAAUAUUAUAUCUCCAAUGAAAUCCCUAACCCUAACCUUAAGCUUCUUUUCUGACAUAACGAAUAUAUCUCCAAUCAAAACCCUAACCUUAACGAGUGUCUUCUUGUCUGACAUAACAACAACAAAAAAUAGCACAACCGGAAAUACGUCAUUGAACAUUCAUGACUGAGUCGAAGUGGUUGAAAUAAAGGAAACCUCUAAAAGAAAAACAUCAUUGCUCACUGACAACAUUACCAACACAGACGCAUAACUUAAUCACGGGAUCUGACCGUGGCACCAGGGUUAUUUACAAGGCAUUAGACUACCCAAUUAAUUUCAGAAGAAAGAAUACCCAUAACACUUUGCUUUGUAAUGAUAACACACAAAUCAAAUGGAUUGAUUAGAAAUUGCACUUCCUUGAUCAGUUUUAUAUUAGUUCUUCCGCUGAUCUACAUCCGCUUACAUGUUGGUUCUUCGAAUGAUCUGCAUCUGCUUAUAUCUGGUUUUAAUUCGCUAUAUCUGCUAGCAUCUUAAUACAUCUGCUUACAUCUGAUUAACUUCUCAUUACAUUUGAUUACAUUUGCUUAUAUAUGAAUGUAUCUGAUUACAUCUGAACACAUUUGUUUAAAUUUGAUUACUUCUGUUUACAUCUGAUUACAUUAUAUUAGAUCUGCUUACACCCAGCGAACAACAAUAAAACUUGUGUACAAGCAACUGUUUCAUUAAAUCUAUACUUGCAGAUUACUAUUAAGACCCUAACCCUAACCCUAAUCUAUACUUGCAGAUUACUCUUAAGACCCUAACCCUAACCCUAAUCUAUACUUGCAGAUUACUCUUAAGACCCUAACCCUAACCCUAAGACCCUAACCCUAACCCUAAUCUAUACUUGCAGAUUACUCUUAAGAUUCUUUGCUCUCUGCUUUCGUUUGUAUGCCAAUAACUGACAACAAUUAAAGAAGAUAACAUUACAAAAUUAUCGACAUUUUGUUCAUUGAACUUUUAAAUAAAACAUAUGUGCGUAUUAUCUGUUAACAUCAAUCAAUGACAACCACAAAGCCCCGAACUCCAACCCGGCAGUGAAACACAGUAGAAACUUUUCUAUUUAUUUUAUAAUGGUUUAAAAGCUAUUUACUGAAAUUAGCUUCAAAUUGUAUUUUGCAUGCAUUCUAUUGAAAUUCAAGUAGAGUAAAUUGAUCAUUAUUAUAAUGCAGAUUGGAGAAAACCAGUUUAUAUUCAGAGAAGAAGUGCAGCGCCAUUUUCAGAAAGAUAUGGUUCAGAUGUUACACGCGGGUCACUUGAGUUCUAUUAUACCACAGACAAAAUUUUACAUUUUUUCUCAGAACAAAGAAGGUCAUUUUAUAGUAAGUAACUUUGGUAGUUAGCAUGAUAAUGAUGUAUUAACGUGAUGAGGCUAUGUUGACAUGAUGAGGUUGUGUUAACCUGAUGAGGUUGUGUUAAUAUAAUAAUGUUUUGUUAACAUGAUGGUGAUGUUAACAUGGUGAAGCUGUGUUAACAUUAAGAGGCUAAAUUAACAUGAUGAAGCUGUGUUAACAUGAUGAGGUUGUGUUAACAUGAUGGGGCUUUAUUAACGUGAUGAGGCUUCCGUAACAUGAUCAAACUUUAUUGACAUGAUAAGGCUUUGUUGACAUGAUGAGGUUGUGUUGAUUUGAUAAUGAGUGUUAACAUAAUGAGGCUGUUUUAACAUAAUGAGGCUUUGUUAACUUGUUGAGUUUGUGUUAAUAUGAUGUGGUUGUGGUAAUAUAUUUGCAAGAGCAAGCAUUUGAAUUUCAACUGAAAUAAAAAUUUUAAUAGCUAUUUUGUUUUAUUGUAAAUGAAUCUUCAAAAUCAAUAGUUUGCUAUAUUUAAAAAAGAUUUCUUAACUAAUGAAUAUAUUUAAAUUAGACAAUAAAUAUAAAGAAUUGUGGGUGAAUCAUUUCAACCUCACCCUACAUAAAGAUGUCUAUGCACUCAAGCAAUUUUUUUUUUUUAAUAUGAUGUUAACUUUUUAGUUUUAAUUUUUACUGCAUCCUAAUUUUUUAAAUUAAACUUUUCAAUAGAAGUCUUUAAAACCAACCUCCUCUGUGUGUAACCUUAACUCAAUCAGUUUUAUAAUUUACUUUUGAAAAGGAUUGCUUUACACCAGCCCAUGAAAAAUGCAGUUUGAAAAUUACCCAAGUUAUCUCUGAUGGGGAAACUCUCCUGGAAAUCUAUUUACUUGGGUUGUCUUUCCUAAUCCAAGUUGCUGAACUGUUGGUGACGCUCCACAAAAUCUGCUUUGUGCUAGGAGAUUUUACUAAUUUAAAUUUCUGUAUAGACAACAACAUGAAGGUAAAUGAUCAAAAUCUAAAUAUAUUUUAUUUGUGGUAAUAGUUUCAAAAUAUGUUUCAAAACAGGAUCAUCAACAACAUCACUGCUUUCUCCUAAGCUUUGAAAAUAGCUUUUUGUGGACUGGUAGUAUUACACUUUUUCCAGGGGAUAAUUUUUAUUUUUCGCUAAAUAGCUCCGCUCAGCAAUAAAAAUAUUCAGAAAAUGCAAAAUAUAAACAUGGUGUUAAAGGAUGGGAAUACAGAAAUAAACUAAACUUGUUAAAAUUAUGAAGUCUAGGACCCGCAAUCAUACAGCCUCUCGCAAUGUAAUCUAUAAUUAUAUUUGAUAUAUUUGCCACUUCAGAUGCAUUUGAUAUUUUGCUAUUUCAGGUGCAUUUGAUCUCUGUGGCAUACCUGAGUCACAUCAGUAAGGCGACCAGCACUUCUACUGUUGUUACAGCAACAUCAGCUCCAGUCAACAGAAAAAAGUAAUCGAAAAUCAUUUUAAACAAAUAAUUAUUGUGUUGACAAAGUAACAAAAUGUAAGGUGUAAUGUUAUGUAAGGUGUAAUGUAAUGUAAGGUGUAAAUGUAAUGUAAGGUGUAAAUGUAAUGUAAGGUGUAAUGUAAUCUAAUGUGUAAUUUAAUGUAAGGUGUAAUAUAAGGCAAAUAUUUUUACAAAGGGCUGAAAACAAAACCGUCAAGAGUGGUCCCCCCAAAUGAAGCUUUCCUUUACUAAUUGUAUUUUCUUUAACUAUCUUUCAAAUUGAAUGCAGUUCAAACAGCUUCUUUUGUGUAUGUUUGUGUAUUAGUAAUUUAAAAUGUAAACAAAGGGGGGGGGGAAUUUACACACACACAUGUGAUGCUCCAACUUACAGACACACACAUGUGAUGCUCCAACUUACAGACACACACACAUGUGAUGCUCCAACUUACAGACACACACACAUGUGAUGCUCCAACUUACAGACACACACGCACAUGUGAUGCUCCAGCAUGCAGACACACACACAUGUGAUGCUCUAACUUACAGACACACACACACAUAUGUGAUGCUCCAGCCUACAGACACACACACAUUUGAUGCCACAGCUUACAGACACACACACAUGUGAUGCUCCAACUUACAGACGCACACACAUGUGAUGCUCCAACUUACAGACGCACACACAGACAAACAUAUUAGACGCCCCAGCUUACAGACGCACACAUAUGAUGCUCUAGCAUGAAGACAAACACGUAUGUGAUAGUCCAGCAUGUAGACACACACACAAAUGUGAUGCUUCAGCAUACAAACACACAUAUGUGACGCUCCAGCAUACAUCAACAUAUACACGCAUGUGAUGCAGACACAAAAUUAAUUAAUUUGUGAUUUUAGUAAAAUUGAUUGGUGCACGUUGCUAAUUCUGUUUACAACAAAAUGAUAUUUUAAAGGAAAAAAUCCUGGGUAGUGAAGCCUGUGUCUGUUGACAAUGACUUGUUCUGUUUCGGGAAGAUGAUGCUGAGCAUCUUGCAGUUGGAGAAAUUUUCUCAGUCACUGAGUCUAGUGAGUUCUAUUUAUAGAAUUUUUUAUACCAAAUCAUAGAAACGUUAUACAUCUAUUUAUCAACCUAUAACUAUGACCACCACACCAUAACCAUAAGUUAUCAACAUAUGGCUAUUAACACCACACCAUAGAAAAGUUGCACGGCAAUUUAUCAACAUAUAACUAUGACCAUGCACAACACCAUAGAAAAUGUGUACAUCUAUUGAUCACAAUAUGACUAUGACCACCAAACCAUAGAAAAGUUGUACAGCUAUUUAUCAACAUCUGACUAUGACCACCAAACCAUAGUAGAAAGUUAAUGCUGAUGUUUUUUUAAACAUCAAAUGCUAUUUACAUUACUUAACAUCGUAGGCUAUUUACAAUAUUUAACAUCGUUGGCUAUUUACAUUAUUUAACAUCGCAGGCUAUUAACAAUUUUAACAAUGUGCGCCCAUCUGUUUUGUUCCAUGUUGUAACAACGUAUCUAUUUUUAUUGAUAUGUUAAAUGGUUUAAGUUAAAAACUGCUUUCUAAACACUAGAUAAAAUUAGUAAUUUAAAAGGAAAGCACUGUAAAUGUUUAGUAAUACUUUUAACUUGAUAAAGUGAGUUUUUUAACAGGACAGCUCUAUAAAAUAUUUUGUAUUUCUUCUUGUUAUUACGAGGGUCGAGGGAAACUGAUUAAGCUAAAGGUCAUGAAGGUCACAUCUUUAUCAAGUUUAUUUUCUAUGGUUCUUCAUCAUCAAGCUCCUGACCAACAGAGCAGUUUACUCUCCAACCUUACAAAAACAAAUCUUUAUGUCAGUAACCCUAGCACUAACUUCCUGAGCAACAGAGCAGUUUACUCUCCAACCUUACAAAAACAAAUCUUUAUGCCAGUAACACUAACCCUAACCCUAACCUCCUGACCAACAGAGCAGUUUACUCUCCAACCGUACAAAAACAAAUCUUUAUGCCAGUAACACUAACUUUAACCCUAACCCUAACCUCCUGACUAACAGAGCAGUAUACUCUCCAACCUUAAAAAACAAAUCUUUAUGCCAGUAACCCUAACCCUGACCCUAACCUCCUGACUAACAGAGCAGUUUACUCUCCAACCUUACCAAAAAAAAUCUUAAUGCCUGUAACCCUAACCCUAACCUAACCCUAACCUCACAAAAACAAAUCUUGAUGGAUGUAACCUUUUUAUGUGUGCUGUAAAAAUCUAAGUUUUCAGCCAGAUAGGUCAUAAAUCUGAGUCCUCAGCCAGAUAGGUCAUAAAUCUGAGUCCUCAGCCAGAUAGGUCAUAAAUCUGAGUCCUCAGCCAGAUAGGUCAUAAAUCUGAGUCCUCAGCCAGAUAGGUAAAUAAUCUAGGUCAUUAGUCAGAUAGAUCAUACAUUGAAGGUAAGAUGUAAAAAUAAUGUCAGCUUUUGAUUUAAACAUCACAAAAAAUUAAUAUCUCAUGUCUUCAUGAUGACUCUUAAAGUCAUGUCUAAAAGAUGACUCUUGUACUCAUGUCUAAAUGAUGACUCUUAUACUCUUUUUCUCUUUUAAAUUUGGAGUUUGCUUCAAUGCAAAUUAAAGUUUUAUUUCCUGAAAUGUUAAAUUGCACAUCGCUACCAAGGGCAACACACAAUGCCUGAAAUACAAUAGAUCAGCAAACUAACCCUACCACUAUCACCCUAACCAUAACACUAAACCUAUCCCUAACACCAUAUCCCUAACACCCUAUCCUUAACACCCUAUCUCUAACACCCUAUCCCUAACACCUUAUCCCUAAACACCCUAUCCCUAACAACCUAUCACAAACACCCUAACCCUAACACCAUAACACUAAUCAUAAACCAAAAUAAUCCUAUCACCUAACACCCUAACCUUUACACCCAACCCUAACACCCUUAACCUUACAGAAAAUGCCCGAAAGAAAAUAGGUUUGCACAGGUUUUAGGGUUAGGCUAGGUUAGGUUAACCCUAAACCAGCAAUAUAACCCUACGACUAUCACCCUAACCCAAACCCUAUCCAAAUGCCCAAAAGACAAUAGGUUAGCAUAGGUUUUCCCAUAAUAAAAAAAAGUGAGCUCAAAGAUUUCUUUUAUUUACCCCAGGGACUGGCAGGUAAAGAUCCCAUCCUAGUUGAGAUAAAACAAGUAAGUCUUUUUAAACUUUCAAAACAAUUGAGUAAUCCCUAUAAAAAUCAAAUUAUCUUGAAUAAUGCUUUGUAAUUUCUUAGUUUUGGAUUUCAUAGCAAUAACUGAAUAUCCAGAAAAAUAGUGGAUUCUUUGACUGACAUUGUAUUGAAAGUAUGGAUCUAUAACGAUUGAACGAAAAUUGUAUAAAAAUAAUGCUAUCAAAUCCAAACUAAUUUUAAACAGUUAAAUCUUUAAGCAGAAGUAUUUGUAUAUAUAUUUGUUUAAAUGUAUAAAUAGGCCUUAUAUUAUUUAAUUCUACUUUUGUUGUUUUCUCAGAAUCUGAACGACACAGCCGUUCAUUGCGCACGUAUACAAACCAAUUUGAAUGAUGUCUCAAAGACCCUGAGAAAGUAAGUAACUGCUGAGACAUGGCGUCGGCAAACCUUUUUUAGUGUUGUUUAAACAUAAAUCUUCUAAGAAAUGUUGUGGGCUUUGUAGAACAGUGCACUUUUUAAAAAAAAUUAUUGUUGGUUUUUUUGUUUUUUUAAAUGUCAUUAAAAAUUAGUAAAAUAAAAGAGCAGCAUCUAUUCCCUCUAAUAGCCGCAUGGCAUUGGACUCCGGAGUGGUAGGUACCAACCACUUAUUCCCUCUAAUAGCCGCAUGGCAUUGGACUCCGGAGUGGUAGGUACCAACCACUUCUUCCCUCUAAUAGCCGCAUGGCAUUGGACUCCGGAGUGAUAGGUACCAACCACUUAUUCCCUCAAUGAGCCGCAUGACAUUCGACUCCGGAGUGGUAGGUACUUAUUCCCUCAAUGAGCCGCAUGGCAUUGGACUUCGGAGUGGUAGGUACCAACCACUUAUUCCCUCUAAUAGCCGCAUGGCAUUGGACUCCGGAGUGGUAGGUACCAACCACUUAUUCCCUCUAAUAGCCGCAUGGCAUUUUAUUCCGGAGUGGUAGGUACCAACCACUUAUUCCCUCAAUGAGCGCAUGGCAUUGGACUCCGGAGUGGUAGGUAGCCACCACUUAUUCCCUCAAUGAGCCGCAUGGGAUUGGACUCCGGGGUGGUAGGUACUUAUUCCUUCAAUGAGCCGCAUGGCAUUGCACUCUGGAGUGGUAGGUACCAACCACUUAUUCCUUCAAUGAGACACAUUGCAUUGGACUCCGGAGUUGUAGGUACAAAACACUUGUUCCCUCUAAUAGACGCAUGGCAUUUGACGCCGCAGUGGUAGGUACCAACCACUUAUUCCAUCAAUGAGCCGCACGGCAUUGGACUCCGGAGUGGUAGGUACUUAUUCCCUCAAUGAGCCACAUGGCAUUUAGGUACCAACCAUUUAUGACCUUAAUGAGCUGCAUGGCAUUGGACACCGGUGUGGUAGGUACCGACCACUUAUUCCCUCAAUGAGCCUCAUUGCAUUGGACUCCGGAGUGGUAGGUACCAACCUCUUAUUCCUUCAAUGAAACACAUCGCAUUGGACUCCGCAGUGGUAGGUACCAACCACUUAUUCCCUCAAUGAGCCGCAUGGCAUUAGACACCGGUGUGGUAGGUACAUCCACUUAUUCCCUCAAAGAACCACAUGGCCUAGGACUUCAGAGUUGUGAGUACAUCCACUUAUUCGUUUUAAGAGCUACAUGAUAUAUGACUCCAGAAUCGGGGCUAGCAACCACUUAUUCCCUCACUUGGCAUGAGACUCCAGAGUCGUGGGUACUGCAAGUCUAUAGUUUUGAAUAUUUUAAAAUGUAUUUUCUAAUUUAAACGAUUUUACUUAAAGAACGAAACUAAUGUGUCAGAGAUAUUGACAAUACAAUAUUGAAUCAUACUGGUCCUUGUGCUGUAAUUUCAACAAAUGUAUCUUCCAUUCAGGCAUCUACAGACCAUAACUACUACGUAUCUGCAAGAAAAAGAUUAUUCUGGAAAUUUGAGCAAAAUAUUGCAUAUGAUGUCCAAUAGUGCUGAACACAAUACUAAAGGUGAUAUUCUAGCAUUCAGAGUGUGUUUUUUAAAAAAUGCAAACUUCUUGUUAGCUUACAGUUCUUUUUUUUAAACGUGUAUUUGAGCCUUCAUUUGUUGAAAGCAGGGACAUCCUGCAGUUUAAAGCAACUCUGUCCAAUGGAUUCAAAGGCUUUCAACUCAGUUUAUUAAAAAAUUAAAGAUAAAGAUGUGCUGUACCAUCUGGGAGUAAACAAACCUAAGUUAUAAACCUUUACUACGUAAGUAGACAGCUUACGAAAUGUCGAGAGCUUAAAAUAUCUUUCUAAAAUAUCAAGAGACAAAAACAUUUCAAACACUCAGUAUGUGUCAUAUAAACAAACAGAAAUAUGUCUUAUAAACUAGACAGAAUUAUGUCAUAUAAAAACAGAAUUAUGUCAUAUAAAAACAGAAUUAUGUCAUAUAAACAAACAGACUUAUGUCAUAUAAACAAAAAGAAUUACGUCAUAUAAACAAAAAAAGAAUUAUGUCAUAUCAACAGAAUUAUGUCACAUAAACAAACAGAAUUAUGUCAUAUAAAAAACAGAAUUAUUUUAUAUAAACAAACAGAAUUAUAUCAUAUAAACAAACUGAAUUAUGUAAUAUAAACAACAUAAUUAUGUCAUGUAAAGAAAAAUAAUUGUCCUAUAAACAGAAUUAUAUCAUAUAAAGAAAAAGAAAUAUGUCAUAUAAAGAAAACAGAAUUACAUCUAUGCCAAACAUUUUUUUUUCAAACUUCCUUAAAAUUGUUUUGGAAAUCUGAGUAUCUACAGCUUAUAUUGUUAGAAAACACUAAGAAAAAAUUCUAGAGUGUUAAGUAGGAAAAUUAUGGCUAAUUAAAAGAAUUAUUUUUUUAAUUAUUAGCCUCAUACAUCUGCACUUUAUUAUGGGGUUAAAAGAUGUCAUUCGGCAGAUUGGAGAAAGUUAUUAAGUAUAUUAUUAUUAUAAGUGGUUUUAUAUAGCGUGGUACCCCAGCCUAGAGCUUGGCUCACCACGCUGUACAUACCAAUUAACAAACAUAAUUAAAAAAACUUUAAAAAAUAAUUGACAUACAUUAAAAUAAUAAAACAAAACAAAUGUAUAUUUAAAACUAUUUAAUUUCAAGCCAUGGACGACACGCAGUAGCAUCGUUUUACGGUCAGAGGUGGGAAUCAGUCAGGAUAGCGGAGUUUUAAAAAAUGCGUUGUGGGUGCAGUUUUGAAGGCUAUGAUGGUCAGUAUAUUGCGGGUGUAAUAGGAUAAUGGCAUGGCACAGUUAGCAUAAUGACAUAUCACAGUUAGUGUAAUGGCAUGUCACUGGUAGUAGAAUGCCAUGUCACACUUAGUGUAAUGACAUGUCACAAUUAGCAUAAUGGCAUGUAACAGUUAGUAUAAUGGCAUGUAAUAGUUAAUAUAAUAGCAUUUCACAAUUAGCAUAAUGGCAUGUCACAGUUAGUAUAAUGGCAUUUCACAAUUAGCAUUAUGCCAUGUCACAAUUAGCAUAAUGGCAUGUAACAGUUAGUAUAAUAACAUGUCGCAGUUUGUAUAAUGUUAUUUCACAAUUAGCAUAAUGGCAUGUCGCAGUUAGUAUAAUGGCAUGUCGAAGUUAGUAUAAUGGCAUGUCUCAGUUAGUUUAAUGGCAUUUCUCAGUUAGUAAAAUGGCAUGUCACAGUUCCUAAAAUGGCAUGUCAUAUGUUUACUUUCAUGGAGACAAAGUGACACAAGAUUUGAUUUAAAUAAAAAAUAGUGUUAUUUUUAAGGCAGCCAUUCAAUGUCAAAGUGGUUCUAGAAUUAGGAUUCUCUCUUUAUGAAGUGCGCUGGAUUCUUUCUUUCUGAAGUGCUUAGGAUUCUCUCUUUAUGAAGUGUGCUGGAUUCACUCUUUAUGAAGUGUGCUGGAUUCUUUCUUUCUGAAGUGCUUGGGAUUCUCUCUUUAUGAAGUGUGCUGGAUUCACUCUUUAUGAAGUGUGUAGGAUUCUCUCUUUAUGAAGUGUGCUGGAUUCUUUCUUUCUGAAGUGCUUAGGAUUCUCUCUUUAUGAAGUGUGUAGGCUCUCUCUUUAUGAAGUGUGUAGGAUUCUCUCUUUAUGAAGUGUGCUGGGUUCACUCUUUAUGAAGUGUGCUGGAUUCACUCUUUAUGAAGUGCUUAGGAUUCUCUCUUUCUGAAGUGCUUAGGAUUCUCUCUUUAUGAAGUGUGCUGGAUUCACUCUUUAUGAAGUGUGCUGGAUUCUUUCUUUCUGAAGUGCUUAGGAUUCUCUCUUUAUGAAGUGUGCUGGAUUCACUCUUUAUGAAGUGUGUUGGAUUCUUUCUUUCUGAAGUGUGCUGGAUUCUUUCUUUCUGAAGUGUUUAGGAUUCUCUCCUUAUGAAGUGUUUAGGAUUCUCUGUUAAUGAAGUGUUUAGGAUUCUCUCUUUAAGAAGUGUUUUUUUUUCGGUUUCUAGGUUAAUGACGCAAUCCAAUUCUUAAUAAUUCUAAAAUUUUAAAUUUACUUUUUUAUUACUUUUUACAUUUUUUUUUUUUUUUAUCAUUGCAAAUUUUCUGUUCUUCAUAUUUAGUAAAUUAUCAUUGAAGUGUUUUUUUUUCGGUUUCUAGGUUAAUGACGCAAUCCAAUUCUUAAUAAUUCUAAAAUUUUAAAUUUACUUUUUUAUUACUUUUUACAUUUUUUUUUUUUUUUUAUCAUUGCAAAAUUUCUGCUCUUCAAAUUUAGGAAAUUAUCAUAGAUUAUUACAACUAAGAUGCAUAUUUUGCUUACGAUAAUUAACACAUUCAUUUUAAAAUAUAUAUUUAUUUAUGGCUUUUUGCUUUAAAUAUGCUUGUUUUGGCCUCAUUAUGGACUUUGUUGUACACACAUGCACUACCCUUGAUAACCGAAAUGAUUUGAUGACAACUAAUAAAACUAGAAGUUGAUAUCUUUUCAUCAAAACAAGCUGUGAGACUAACAAGACUAUGAUAAUAAAAUUAAAAGAAAUGAAAUGUAUUUAACAUUUUGAAUUCUAAAAUAUAUUUCACAACCACAGAUGAUUCGAGAUCAAAAAGAAUUCUAGAAAAACCAACAACACCCCAACGGCCAACUCGACCUCCUCCAAAGGUUCCGGAGACUCCACACAUGUUCCGCCAACAAAAGACUCCCCACAUGUUCACCCAACCAGAGACUCCACACAUGUUCAGCCAACCAGAGACUCCCCACAUAUUCAGCCAACCAGAGACUCCACACAUGUUCAGCCAACCCCUACCCCAACCGCCAUCUGGACCACCCCCUCUACCACCUCGUGGCUAUGCAAAACAGAUUCAUGCCUUUCAACAUAAUAACCAACCACAGAUAUUGCCAAGGUCCAAAUCACUUGGACAGCUUCUACCAACAAAUCAACUGAGUAUGUCUACUCCCAUUAUGUCUAUGUCUAGUGUGUCUACUCCUAGCACGUCUACUCCCAGCAUGUCUACGUCUAGUGUCUUUACUCUAAGCAUGUCUACUCUUAGCGUGUCUAAUCUUAGCAUGUGUAUUCCUAGCAUGUCUACUCCUAGCAUAUCUUCCACCCUGAGUGGCAUAUCUCAAAAUCAAUUGCCUAAACCAAAGCCAAGGAGGACCUUGCAAAAAAAAAGUUUGUUAAAAGAUCAUUCCGAAAGUUCACUGUGUUUGGAAAUGUCUACCAGUAUUCAUGAGAGAGGCUUGUUUCAAACUGACGGAAUUAGUAAGACACACGGUCAACACGUGUCUCCAGAUGUUAUUGACACAACUGGUAAUGAUGGGGACGGACACCGGACACACCGUCAACAAGUGCCGCCAGAUGUUAUCAAAACAAAUGGUAAUGAUUCGGACGGACACCGUGAUUCAUGCGCUAGCUCCCAAUCAAACCUAUCGUCAGGAAGUGAUUGGCUUAGACGAACGACCUAUGACCUCACCAGAAGUAAUCAAAUCCCACCACUUCAGCAAGGCUUGAACGGAGUUUACACUACAAAUGUGGUCUUCCCCCAUGAGGAGAACAUAGCUUUCCCUGAACUGAGAAGUCCCAUGUUAAGUUCUGGUGGAAGUGAAUGUGGCUCAGAUUCGACUUUAUUUAGUGCAAACAGUUACAUAGUUGAUGAUGAAACAACGGUUAAAUGGGUAUAAAUAUUUAUGUUUCUGAGAAUUCCCAGAAAAUUUUUCUAAACAUCAUUACUUUAAAACAUAUAUUUAUUGCCUUUUUGAAAAAGACCAAGCUAGUAAAUGUUGUUUAUCAUUAAAGGACACCUCGUUCUAUUGUUUCGUAUGUGUCAUGAAUUUGUUUACAUUGCUAUAAAAUUACAUCAUCUGAUAUUGUCUUAAAGUAACAUGGAUUAACAAUCAGCUUAGAUUGAAUAACCCUAACACGGAUUAUCCAUCAGGUUGGAGUGAAUUCAAAUUUAGUAGUGUAUUAUUAUUUUGAAUUCAAAUGAAUGUGUUCCAGUCCGUCUUAUUUUUAUUUAAUAAUUCGACAAACUAAUUUUAGGGUAUGUGUUUUACACCCGUAUAGUUUGAGAUCAGUGUCACGUUUUGUACAUACACAAAGGAUGAAUGUGUCACAGUGUGUCACCAAUGGCUGGGGCGGAGGUACAGAGCAGAGCUCCAUUGUUGUUCAGGUAACUUUUAGGGCGCCCGGAGAUCGCUGUUUUUGUCAGGAGGUCAUUGCUAACGUGAUGAGGCUAAGGUUAAUAGAUUCUGGCAGCUUUGAAAUAGAUGGGAUUGUUUUAUUUCCGUAAUAUUAUGUUUCUGGCCUUAUUGAAAAUUCUAAUUGAUCGGAAUGAUAUGGGAGGGGGGGAUUUGUUAAUAGAUAGCAUUCCUUGGACACCUAUGGAUGUAGAGAGUCGUAUAUUAGAAGAAACUCUCCAUGUCAUAGGGGUGAAGAGAAAACAGUUGAGAGAGGACAGUUAGGACGAUAGUUGAUUCGUUGGACCAAUGAGAGGACAGUUGAGACGAUAGUUGACUGGUAGGACCAAUGAGAGGACAGUUGAGACGAUAGAUGAUUCGUUGGACCAAUGAGAGGACAGUUGAGACGAUAGUUGACUGGUUGGACCAAUGAGAGGACAGUUGAGACGAUAGUUGACUCGUUGGACCAAUGAGAGGACAGUUGAGACGAUAGUUGACUGGUUGGACCAAUGAGAGGACAGUUGAGACGAUAGUUGACUGGUUGGACCAAUGAGAGGACAGUUGAGACGAUAGUUGACUCGUUGGACCAAUGAGAGGACAGUUGAGACGAUAGUUGACUGGUUGGACCAAUGAGAGGAAUUGGUGAGACGUUACAGUCUAACCCAGUUUAGAAACAGUCAUGACCUUACAGAUACGUAAAGAUAGUCGAAAGUACCAAAUAUAAUCAUUGAAAUAUAAUCAUUGAAAUAUAAUCAUUGAUGGACUGACUUUAUGUUGUGUAAAUGAAAUAUAAGGACAAGGUUUGCUCAUUGUAAGUUUCAUGUCUAUGAAUUCAAGUUGAGCAUACCUUAUCCUGAUAUUUCAUUGAAAGUACCAAAAGAAGAGAUUUGUAUCUUGAAAUUAACUCUUACUAUUUCAUCAUCUUUACACCUAUAAGGUGUGUUAUUUGGAGUUAAUUCAAGUCUACGUUGUGCUUUUGUCUGUCCCAACACCUAGAAACCAACAACAUAAAUCACAGAGAGGAGCGGUCCUGUACUGACCACUACUAAAUCAAUAUAGUUUGUGAUAAGUCAGGACCGGAGCCCUCCUCCAAAAUAACCCUUCUUAGACACAUGGGUUACACUAAUUGAAAGUACAUGUGUUUAUUUGUUUACAUUUAUAAAAUAGUAUUAGUGUAUAAUCUCUAUACAUCAAUUAAUGAAAUGAAAAGUGUUAAAUCUCUACACAUUAAUUUACGGCAUAGUAUGUACGUUCAAUCUCUACACAUCUUUUUAUAACAUGAUGUGCGCGGGUUAGGGAAAGGUUAGAGUUAGGAAAUACUUGCUUGUAAUUAGCAUUAAUUGUGCUAGGGUUAGGGUAAAGGUUAGAGUUAGGAAAUAAUUGCUUGUAAUUAGCAUUAAUUGUGCUAGGGUUAGGGUAAAGUUUAGAGUUUGGAAAUAGUUGCUUGUACUUAGCAUUAAUUCUGAUAUCGUUAUUGUUAUUGUUGUUUUGUUAUUUGUUAAAGUAUAUUUAAUCAAUAGUAUUCUCCCUUUGUCAUAUACUGUGUUAAAGAGCCACUUUAAAACAGAAAGUAUGAUAAACCUUAUUAUGGUACAUAACAAUAUCUUAUUCGAAGAUAUACUAAAGAAAGGAUGAAUAAUUUCACCAUGUAGAGUAUAGCUGAAACUUGUGAUUGUCCCUUCCUGUAUGUAUAGUGGACUUAAAUAGUAUGUUGAUAUUGUUGUGGUAAUUUUGAUGUCUA